CCCCAGAUUUCACACACCCCUGCGUACGCACUGCGAUUUCUGCUAAUACUACAGUAUAUCACUGUCUUCAUAUUUGCCUUCAUGAUAUCAGGAUUAUCUAAACGAGCUUUUGCUCCACUGAAUGCAAGAUAUGUGCUUCGUAGCACAAAUGUUCUGAAACGUUCAUUCAGCUUUUCGUCAUUUUCCUGGUUUGGCUCUAGUGGAUCGUCUUCUUCUUCGUCAUCUGCAAGUGCUGCCGCUUCUGCAGCUGCCGGUGCCGCUACCGCUGCUGCUAUUAAUGGGAACAUUUCUAUACCUUCACUCUUCAAUUAUGAUAUUGCUGUAGCUUAUCAACCUAAAGAUAGAGAAGAAACCAAUUUGUUCAAGAAAAACUCAAAGAAAACCACUCCGGCCCAAGAAUCACCUACUGGUGAAGACAACCUUUUCGUUUCUGAGCCAAGAAAUGGAUAUCUUGCCCUUGGGGUUGCCGAUGGAGUUGGAGGUUGGUCAGAAGCUGGAUAUGAUUCUUCUGCCAUCUCUAGAGAACUCUGCAAUGCUAUGAAGGUGGCCUUCGAACAAGAUGUUGUCAAAUCCCCAAAGGAACUUCUUUCCACUGCUUUUAAAAACAUUUUAUCCUCUCCUAAAGUUGAAAUCGGGGGUACUACUGCAUGUCUUGGUGUCCUUUCUCCUGAUAAUAAACUUGAAGUGGCAAACUUGGGUGACUCCUGGUGUGGUGUUUUCCGUGAACAUAAACUCGUUCAUGAAACAAACUUUCAAACUCAUAACUUUAACACCCCAUAUCAACUCGCCAAGAUUCCUCGUCAUAUCUUAAGAGAAGCAGAACUUCAAGGUCGUCGUUAUAUAAUAGACUCUCCAGAUAUGGCAGAUGUGUAUUCUUGGAACUUGAAAAAAGAUGAUGUCAUAGUUUUUGCUACCGAUGGGGUUACUGAUAACAUAGUCCCUGGUGAUAUUGAAAUUUUCUUAAAGGAUAAUGAAAGCGCACCAUUGGAUUCAUUGACUAGCUUAUUUGUUUCAAAAGUUGUUGGUCUUUCCAAAGAUGUAAACUACCCAAGCGCCUUUGCACAGGAAUUGUCUAGACUUACUGGUCAAAAGUACUUGGGAGGUAAGGAAGACGACAUCACAGUUGUCUUUGCCAAAGUGAAAUAGAUUACAUAGAUUUUUUUUUUCUUUUUUGUUUCUUUAUAUACUUUACUCAUUAAUAAAUACAUAACCCGUCAU